AUGUCGUCUGCAUACCACAAAUGGACUCGGCGUUUUUAUCGAUGGCCCUCGGAGCAAAGAGACUCGAGCGAUGAGGACGAAAGCCAGUAUCUAACUGGCAAGCAUAUUGAGCCCUAUCCACCACAAUAUGAUCAUCAUACAAUUAGAUCAUGGGGAUACAUCAGAGGCCUUAGUGCUUCAGCCAUUGUGGUAGCUAAUGUGUUACUUUUUCUUACGACGACAGUAAUACUAUUCAUGUUUAAGCAGACUCCAUACAGUGAGAUGGAUAUCAGUGCAUAUUCUCCCUUGUACGACCGCUUAAAUAUAUAUCGAUCCGAAGUUCAUAAUAACUUCACUAUUUAUUGGCCAGAUAAUAAACCCUCUAUCUUCCAGCAACGACCUUCGCCAGAAGUUGACAAAGCGUGGGAAAGAAUAAGUAGUACAGAAUCCAUCGCCCUAAACGCUGAUGAGGUGCGCCGCAUUGGGUAUGAUCCUGCGGCCACAUGGCCAGCCCCUAAAGCUGAGUUUGGAGAAGGUGUUUAUUAUGGGGUUAUAGAUGUAUUUCAUCAACUUCACUGUUUGGAUAUACUCCGAAGAACUGCAUGGCCGGAGUACUAUGGAGAUAUGAGAAAGAACAAGAAGUAUACGCCAAUUAAAUGGGAGGAUCAUUUGCUACAUUGCACUUAUGUUCUCAUGCGCAGCCUGACAUGCCAUGCAGAUAUGGAAGUCAUCAUUGGUCAAAAGUUUGAAGGCUGGCCUGGUCUUAACCUGAAUUUUGCUUCAACCAAGCAGUGUCGCAAUUUCGAAGAGAUUUUAGAAUGGAAGGAGGCCAACACAAUCCAUCAAAGGACUCCAUGGUCUGUGUAUCCUGAGGAACCGAUUAUUGAACAAAGCCCUGAGGGUGUCCUAACACCAUAUGGCAACCAUAUGGGAUUGGAGGACUGGGUAAAUAGUCAGGGGAUAGAAUUAGAGAUACCAUCAGGUUUAGAAUGGCAGCCGACAAAGAGCAACUACCAUGAGAGACCUGGACACGGACACCAUUGA